CAGGCGCUGGAUGCGGCUGCCUGGGAAAGUUCACCAUGCUUCCUGCCGGCAAGCAAGUCCUGAGGCUGGGCUUGGGAGGCGCGGCCCGUAGUGCCCCAGCAUCAGCUCUUCGGUCCUGGGGUGUCCCCCGUUACUGCAGCGGCUCUGCACCCCGAGACGCUGGGAAGGUUCACAGGGUCCCUGCGCAGCUCAAGCCCUCGCAGCUGGACAAGAGAAUCCUGCUGUGGACCGGUCGGUUCAAGUCCCUGGAGGAGAUCCCGGCGCGGGUCCCGCCUGAAAUGAUAGACGUUGCAAGGAACAAAGCCCGGGUGAAAGUGUGCUAUAUCAUGAUUGGACUCACAGUCAUUGCCUGCUUUGUGGUGAUAGCAUCAGCCAAGAGGGCUGCAGAACGGCAUGAAUCUUUAACAAGGUGGAACCUAGCAAAGAAAGCUAAGUGGCGCGAAGAAGCUGCAUCAGCUGCGCAGGUUAAAGCUAAAUGAUAUUCUAAGUGGCAGUGUGCACGCGAAUACCACCACACAUCAGCAACAGUGAGACAGGCCAAAUAAUAUCUUUCAGAAUAUUUGCCAUGGUUUUCUUUUGGUAAUAAGAAGCACAAAGUCUAUUUUUUUUUUGGUGAAUUUUUAUUGAAGUAUAGCAUCUACUCAAGAAGUGCACAGGAAGCACAGCCGGCUGUAUUUCUGCACGGGGAAGACAAGUAUGUGGAGAUGAUGCAGGCCACCUGCCAGCCUCAGACGCUCCCAUUACUCCUAAAUAGCCAUGCUUCUCAGUGUCAGUCCCACAGGUUAAUUCUGUCUGGUCACGUACUUCACAGAUGGAAUCGCCAUAUGCACUUUCCUGGAUCCUUAAUAUCCCAUUGUGAGAUCCAUCUACGAAGAGUGUUUAUACGCUGUUGUUGGACAGCACUUCAUUGUAUAAAUAUGUCACAGUUGACAUGGAUAUCUGCCUGAGUUUUUGGUUACUGAAGAUAAUGCUAAAAUGGGCACUUUGUCAUGUCAUUAAAAUGGGACUAAACUAAAUCAUUAGGGGUCUUUAAAGAUUAAAACUAAUGUUCAGUCUAAGUUCUGUAGUAUUUGGGAACUGCACAGUCCAUUAGGUUAUUUUUCAAUGCCUACAGCUGGGUGAAACAGGUUUAAAAACAGUGAACGAAGAAAUAUUCCAGGAUCUGUUACUAAAAUAAUAUAGUAUUAAAACAGUAAUUGUAAAAACAUUUAAGAAGACAAAACCAUCAGAAAAAGCAAAAUGAUAAAUCUCAAUGGUCUUCAAACUUGAGUAAACCCUAAAACAUUUUACAUUAUUUACUUUUUAAUUCAGCAUCCAUCUUUUAAUCAUAAAUGUCAGUGGGCAGCCUCACAAGUCCUUUUCUUAGAGAAGAUACAAACUUCUACGGAUAACCCACUGUGCUGGACUGUGUUGGAUUGUUUUGCUGAAUUCACGCACCUAUAGUAUUUAGACGCAAU